UUCAUGCUACCUCCAAUGCGACCGGCGAAUUUGACAUGGCGGAAUGAAAAUGCUGCUGAUGUGCAUGCUAUAUCAAUUGACACAGAUGCUGAGAAGGAAAAAAUAUCUCUGGCUUUCCGUAGCUGUCUUCUUGCUUCCCAGUAUCUUUGGCUUUCCGUAAGCUGUCUUCUUGCUUCCCAGUAUCUCUGGCUUUCCGUCGUUAGGGCUGGACAUCGAAUCAGAGCUGGACACCGAAUCCAGGUGGGUCUUCUCCAUUUCCUCCUGUAG